AUGAAUUGUAACAAAGUCGAUGAAUUUGCCAGGACAUUAAGGUAUGUUCAGUUUACGGGAUAUUAUGUAUGGAAACCCAAAAAUCGCAAAUGGAAUCGAAGAAAGCAUACGUAUGGAUCAAUUGGGAGGAUACAUUAUGUCCCACCAUCACUUGGUGAUUGUUAUUACCUAAGGAUUUUACUGAAUCAUAUUAAGGGACCAACCUGUUUAGAAGAUAUAAAAACAGUUGAUGGACAAGUUUUUGAAACAUCUAAAGAUACAUGUUUUGCACGAGGACUGUUGGAUGAUGAUAAGGAAUAUGUUAAUGCUGUCAAAGAAGCUAGCACAUGGUCAACCGGAGAUUUCUUGAGGAUUUUUUUCGUAAUGUUGUUGCUGUCAAAUUCGAUAUCUUGUCCUGGUGUUUUUUGGUCGGAAACGAAGUCCCUGUUAUGUGAAGACAUUCUGUAUCAGCAACGAAAGAUAACUGGUAUUGCAGAUUUGGAUCUUCAACAAGAAGAACUUGAAAAUAUCUGUCUAUCUGAAAUUGAAAAGUUGCUACUUACCAAUGGAAGUACAGAAAGGAUAUAUAAAAUUGUUAUGGAAGCGAUUGAGAAAGGUGAUGGAGGUGUGUUUUUUGUAUAUGGUUAUGGUGGAACUGGAAAGACGUUUCUUUGGAAGACAUUCUCAGCUGCAUUACGAUCAAAAGGUGAAGUUGUAUUGAAUGUUGCAUCCAGUGGAAUUGCUUCACUUUUGCUGGAUGGUGGUAGAACUGCUCAUUCAAGAGCAACUUUGAUUAUUUGGGAUGAAGCACCUAUGACUCACAAGCAUUGUUUCGAGGCUCUUGAUAGAACAAUGAGAGACAUAUCACGUUCCAGUCAACCGAACAUGGAAUCCAAGCCUUUUGGGGGAAAGGUCAUUCUAUUUGGUGGUGAUUUUAGACAAAUUUUUCCAGUCUUCCCUAAAGGUACCAGAACAAUGAUAGUCAAUGCUUCUUUGAAUUCUUCUUAUAUAUGGCGAUACUAUCAAGUACUAAAGCUAACUGAGAAUAUGAGAUUAAGAGUUGGUUGUCAGGAAGCAGAUUUGAAAGAAAUAAAGGAAUUUGGAGAAUGGAUUUUAAAGCUUGGUGAUGGUCUGCUUGGUGAAGAAAAUGAUGGUGAGAUAGAUAUUGAAAUACCAGAUGAUUUACUUAUUCAUGAUCAAGUCAACCUAUUUCUUCUUUCAUUUCAUUUACAUAUCCGGACAUGA